UUGCACUGACGGUAGCUCGUCGGAGAGUUUCGUUUGCGUCCACAACGAGACACUAUCUCCCGAUAGCGCAGGAGCACCCUCGAGUGCAGCUUUUUCCCCACAAACAACGACCUCAGCCGCCACCACAGCUGCAAGCAGUGGAGGAAGCACACCGGGCUUUACCACUUGGACCACCACAACCACACCUUUCUUCGACCCACUAGUCCGUGACGACGGCGCGUGUAUGAAAUACGGAAAUUCGUUUCGCCAAGACAUCCGCACAGCCUCCGAGUCCUGUUGUGCCUGCGGGGGCGGGCAAAUUCCGGAACAGAACCAAUUUUACGAAGAACACUACAAACAAGCCGCGCUGAAAAUCUACCUCCCUCUCUUCCUGAAAGAACCCGCAUCGCAAUCCCUUCUCACGCAAUACAAAUUUACCGUCUCCUGGAACCACCGGGAGCCGCAGGGCUUCCAGCCAACCAGGUUCGCGGCGCAAUUGACCGAUGAAUAUGAUGAAAAUCCGAGUUUUGUGUACACAACGGGCGCGUUCGUGUACCAGAAGUAUGAUGCGACUUUACUCAAAUCGGUGACCGCGGUGGUGAUGAAUCAGGGAAUGAGUCAAUCUUUUUCCGGGUUGACGGUCGCGAACCCCAAACGCUUUACUUCUAUGAAGGACAACUUUUUCUACUUGCGAC